CUCAUCUGCCCAUUAUAUCUCUAGCGUCCACCUCGAUCAUCCUCAAUCAUGCAUGCCAUACAGCAACAAUACUGGGCCGUUCGUGAUUAUCUUAGUCCAGUUCUGAAAGAGAGCAAGUUCAAAGAGCAUGGGCGGAUAACUCCCGAAGAGUUCGUCGCCGCCGGUGACUUCCUGACAUAUAAAUUCCCCGUUUGGACAUGGGAGAAGGGUGACGCUUCCAAGGCGCGCGAAUUCCUCCCUACCGACAAGCAAUACCUGGUCACGCGCGGCGUUCCUUGCCUUCGCCGUGCGACUUCGUUAGCCUACACAGACGCCGACGAGGAUGCUGAACGUCUCCUUUCAUUCGGAGACAGCUCCACCACUGGAGAUGAGGCUGAUGAAUGGGUCGAAACACAUGCAGGCCGUCAAGCCGACCACGACAAUGCCAACAACCCAGGCUCUAUCGAUGAUAUCCCUGACUUGGAUGGCCCUGGUCAUGACGGUGCCGAUGGAAUUUCCAGCGCUGUAGGCGCGAUGUCAUUGUCCGGGUCUGCUGCAGGGACUCCAGAUAUGGACGAUAUUCCAGAUAUGGAGGAGGAGCUCGAGGAGGGCGACGAUGAGGCGACUGCGGCACCAACAACUACGGAUAAGGUGAUCCAAUCUAGUGAGGUCGAGGUUGCAAAGGGGAAUCUCUUGCAAGUGCGCACAUACGACGUCAUGAUCACCUACGACAAGUACUAUCAGACUCCUCGAGUCUGGCUUUUAGGUUACGACGAGAACCGCACACCUCUGACACCACCUCAAAUAUUCCAAGAUAUAUCAGCAGAUCACGCCUUCAAGACUGUCACUAUCGAGGCUUUCCCACAUUCCUCCUCUCUCCAAGCCGCUUCCGUACACCCUUGUAAACACGCCAGUGUUAUGAAGAAGGUGAUCGAGCGGAUGAAUGCAGGAGUUGUUGAAGAACAGAAGGCACAGCGCAAAGGGGGUGGAUCGAAGGACGCUAAGAAAAAGUGGCCGUUCCGCAAGAGCAGCGGAAUUGGAAAGGAUGAUAAGGCGCCCUCUACGCCGGAGGAAGACGACGUCGAAGGAAUGCGAGUCGACUUUUAUCUUGUCGUCUUCCUCAAGUUUAUCGCGUCUAUUGUGCCGACAAUUGAGGUCGACUCUACCACAGCGUUCUGAAUCUCAGGGUGAUUCUUAUAGAUCACGGAGGACAAGAAUAAACGAAGAGGAAGAAAUGGAAUUGGUAUACCCGAAUACUAUCUGUGCUCGUUUUGUGGCUGCUCGUACUGUACUAUGUUCUUCUCACAGAAACUGUAUGUUAUAGAAUCCGACUGAUCUACUAUUGAACGUU